CCUCCUCAGCAUGACGGCGAAAGCAAUUCCUUCUUUAAGAUAAAUAGGGCCAGAAGACCCAGGUGCGAGAGCAGAUAUGUCUUCGCUGCGGCAGGUGUGGGCGCUCCCCACGGUCCUUGUAGCCAUUGCAAAUAUCUCGGCCACCUGGUACAAGCUUGUGUCCGAACGAGUGCCCAGGCCCUAUCUUGACGAAUACUUUCACGUGCCGCAGGCCCAGAGGUAUUGUCAAAAAGACUACACGUGGGAUCCGAAGAUCACCACACCACCAGGACUAUACCUCGCUUCUCUUCUGAUCAAACCGAUAGCAGGAUGUGACAUAUCAGCAUUACGUGCUCUGAACGUAGGAGCCAUUUGCCUAAUUUGUCUUCUAUCGUACCAAAUUCGCCGGCUUCUUCGUAGGCCGCUUCCUCCUCGCCGCACUCGGACGGAGGCAUCCGUCCCGCAAUUCAAGGACGAUGAGACCCAGACAUCUCUUCUGGAUGCCCAUACCGCUCUCAACAUUAGUUUGUUUCCGCCGCUGUUCUUCUUCUCUGGACUAUACUACACCGAUGUGCUGUCCACGCUCGUCGUUCUCGCUGCAUACUCUACGUACCUAAGCCAGCGGGGAACACAUAAUUAUCUUCUGUCGAGCUUACUUAUUAUCAACAUCGGCGUACUGGCACUUUUGUUCCGCCAAACGAACAUCUUCUGGGUUGCUGUCUUCCCAGCCGGCCUCGCGGUCGUCGACACGCUGAAGUCUUAUGACGAGAUGCUCGAUGCACCCGUUGAACAGGCUGGACCAAGACACUACUUCGCCUUCCUCUUCUACCUUCCCCGAGAUGUCCUGAUGAAACCAAUAGCGGUAAUCAAAGCCGUCUUCCCGUACCUCAUCUUGCUUGGCCUAUUUGGCGGCUUUGUCCUCUGGAACGGCGGUGUCGUACUAGGCGACAAAUCGGCCCACAUGGCAACCAUCCACCUCCCCCAGAUGCUCUACCUUUGGCCCUAUAUGGUGUUCUUCUCGCUCCCACUCACGCUACCUUCCCUCCUCCAGCCCAUACUCCCCGUCCUCCCCAAUCACCUCCGCUCACUUCUCGAAACCAACCUCACAGGGCCCUCAUCGCCCUCAUCGCCCAUAGCACCUAGCGCCCUUGCCGCCCUCCUCUUCAACGUCUCCGCAUUUGCAGCCGUCCACUUCAACACCAUCAUCCACCCCUACUCCCUCGCCGACAACCGCCACUACGUCUUCUACGUCUUCCGCCUCCUGUUCCGGCACCCGGUGGUCAAGUACCUCGCUGUAGGCGUGUACUACAUUUGCGCUCUGCUCACUAUCCGGAUCCUCGGGGCGCCUCCCCAUCCUGCACCCACGCCAUCCGCAAAGACCGCGCCGAAGAGACAGCAGAAACUUGCCAGCGCGAAGGAUAGCUCCGUUCAAAUCAGCUUCGUCCUCGUCUGGGUUGGUGCCACCGCGCUCUCCGUCAUUACCGCCCCGCUCGUGGAGCCCCGGUACUUCAUCAUCCCGUGGGUUAUAUGGCGAUUGCAUGUGCCAGUGGAGCCUGGCCGUGCGACUACGGUGCGGCUGGCGCUGGAGACGGCGUGGCUUCUCGCUGUGAAUUUGGGGGUGGGGUAUAUGUUUUUGUAUCGGGAAUUCACGUGGGCGAGUGAGCCGGGGAGUGUGCAGAGGUUCAUGUGGUAGGGGGUUUGCUUGGACCCAUCAUGUGUAUGUAGAGGGGCAGUUGAAUUGGGUGGAGUGCGUGUACAGAGGUCAAGGGGUUUGCGCUAAGCAGGGAGAUCUGGGGUGAUGUUUUGUAUGUUCUUGAAUUGAUG